AUGAAUACAAUACCUUAUAUUUAUAUUACAUUCUUUUUGUUUUUUACAACAGAAGCCCAUAUGUUUUGGUGGUUGUACAAAAGUCCUUAUAGGACUCAAAAUUCAAGAAAGCCAUGGCCCAUAAUCAUUUGGCUCCAGGGUGGACCCGGUUCAUCUGGAGUUGGGAUUGGCAAUUUCAUAGAAAUUGGGCCAUUGGACGUAUGUUUGAAGCCUAGAAACUCAACGUGGCUGAAAAAAGCAGAUCUAUUGUUUGUGGAUAACCCAGUUGGGACAGGAUAUAGUUACGUGGAGGAUGCAAAAUUCCUUGUGAUGAAUGAUGAUGAGAAUGCUGCUGAUUUAACUACACUUUUGAUUGAAGUUUUCAACAGUCAAAAGAGUUUACAAAACAACCCUCUUUAUAUAGUGGCAGAGUCUUAUGGAGGAAAAUUUGCCGUUACUCUUGCCUUAUCAGCUCUAAAAGCAAUAAAGAACGGAAAAUUAAAGCUAAAGUUACGA